AUGAAGUUCGGCAAGAGAUUGAAGCAGCAAAUCGAACAAAGCAUGCCCGAGUGGCGAGACAAAUUUUUGUCGUACAAGGAAUUGAAGAAGCUCGUGAAACUGAUUUCGUCGGCUCCGAAAAUGGUGGUCGGGUCCGAAAGGGAAUCUGAGUUUAUGUGCUUGUUGAAUUGUGAGAUCGACAAGUUUAAUGCCUUCUUUAUGGAACAAGAAGAGGACUUUGUUAUCCGGCAUAAGAAAUUCGAAAGCUCCAGAUCUCUCCUCUUCAGUCGGUGUAGCUGUUUUUUAAGGUCCGCCGCCGGAAUCCGGCGUAUACUUAACUCUUCGGCGGAUAUAUCGGCGAUCCGCGUGAAAAUGAGCAACGGCGACCUCCUCCACAUCGAGCCGCUCGAACUUCAAUUCCCAUUCGAAUUGAAGAAGCAGAUCUCAUGUAACAUGCAGUUGAGCAACAAAUCUGAUAAUUAUGUUGCGUUCAAGGUGAAGACUACAAAUCCAAAGCAGUACUGCGUGAGGCCAAACACGGGAGUAGUGGCUCCCCGCUCCUCCUGUGAUGUUAUAGUAACGAUGCAAGCCCAAAAGGAGGCUCCGGUCGACAUGCAAUGCAGGGACAAAUUCCUUCUGCAGAGUGCAGUCGUGAGCCCUGGAUUGAUGGUGAAGGAUAUUACUGCUGAGAUGUUCAACAGAGAGUCUGGAAACCAAGUUGAUGAAUGCAAGUUGAAAGUUGUGUAUGUACCGCCUGCCCAACCACCAUCGCCUGUCCGUGAAGGGUCGGAAGAGGGUUCCUCCCCAAGGGCCUCUGUAUCGGACAAUGGAAAUGUUAAUCAGACCUCUGAUUUCAAUGCUGUUUCAAAAGGACGUGUUGAGACUCAGGAGAAUACAUCUGAGGUUAAGUCCCUGAUUUCCAGGCUUACUGAGGAGAAGCAUUCUGUAAUUCAGCAAAAUCACAGGCUUCAGAAUGAAUUGGAGCUUUUGAGGCGUCAAAGGAGCAGAAGCCAAGCUGGCAUCCCAUUCACAUACGUUAUCAUUGUUGGCUUGAUAGGCAUCCUAUUGGGGUAUCUAUUGAAAAGAACGUGAUUCAUGUUUUGGAUGUCUCGGUUGGCCGCCUAUUCAGAAAUUUAGCAAUAUUUGAAGAAAAAUUGUCACUGAUUUAGAAGGAGCUGUUGUGUUCAGUUUCAGUUUAGCAAUUAUUUGACUGUAGAAAAUCCAUGCUGGAAAAUGGGUAUGGGCUUGGUGUUUCUUUUUAUUUUUUUUCCCUCAAUUGCUCCAAAAAAAGGUUAUUCAUUGUGUGGCUGAUUGCAUGAACCUCUGGGCUCCAGUUGUGUAAUUUAAGGAUUUCACUUUUACAGAUUUGUGUUAUUUUAUUUUUGCGCUUUUCUCCAUUUUUCCGAAAAUAAACCUUUUCUAUUUAUG